UGUCUUCAUUUAUGAAAACAGAUUUUCUCUCUGAUUUAUUUUAUUUUUUUAACUGGAUGCAGUACGCUUCCGGUUCUUUAGUAUCUAUAUUAGUGCUUUAAGUUGAAGGGACGAGGAACUGGUUUCCGGUUUCUCUCUUCCUCGUUCUCUGCAGCUUUACGCUGCCUGAAGGAGCGUAACGGAGCGCGCAGGCAGGCAGGAGGAGCAGAGCGGUGAGUGAGGGGCGUCCUGACAGCAGCAGCGGCGGCAACAGGAGGAGGAAAAGAACCUGUUCACCAACUUUUACCAAUUUCACUUAUUUCUUCUGCAACUCCAGGCAACACCUUCUCAUUAUACUAGAAACGAAGUUUUUUCUCCGAGGAGCGCGCGGGAGCGAGUCAUCAUCACCCAGCAGCGACAACAACACCGCCAGAGUGGGAAGUUUUUGGCCCCUUGGAGAUGUCCGGAUCGUUCUAUAAAAGCCUGUACCCCUUCAGCGGGGAGCAGCACCAGCAGGGACUGAGCUUUGAAGCCGGGGAGAUUAUUAAGGUGGUCCAGGCUCUGCCCGGAGGCUGGUGGGAGGGAGAGAAGGAUGGAGCCAGAGGAUGGUUCCCUACAAGUUAUGUGCAAGUCCUGGAGAGGACAGCAUCUCUGAGUCAACUUCCUGUUGAGGACCUUAGAGACCCUCUUCCUCCUCACUGGAAAAGCUAUAUGUCUCCACAAGGAAGGCAAUACUACGUCAACACCACAAAUAAUGAGACAACAUGGGAGAGACCAUCCAGUGCACCCGGGACCCCCAAGAACUCCAUCCGACACAAGAACUCUCUGCCAGCAGUGAAUGGAUUUCACUCCAGUGGAAGUCCCCUGCAUCGUGGAGAGUUUUCACACAACAGUCUGGUUAGGAAGAGCAGUAUAGAGCCCCAGAGCCCGGGAUCAACAUCGCCCACCAGGAAGCAGAACAAGGAGUCAACGGUUACUAUUAACUCUGUGACGUUCCCGUCACCGGCCUGCAUGCCGGAGCAACAGCUGCUGAAACCAAACGAAUGGAGCUACUGCGACUACUUCUGGGGUGACAAGAAGGAUCCCCAGGGCAACGGCUGCAUCACUGGAUUUGAGGUCUUGCUGCAGAAACAGCUGAAAGGGAAACAGAUGCAGAAAGAGAUGGCUGAGUUCGUACGAGAAAGAAUAAAGAUAGAAGAAGAGUACGCCAAGAACCUCUCCAAACUCUCCCAGAUCCCUCUAGCUGGCCAGGAAGAAGGGACUUUGGGGGAGGCUUGGGCCCAGCUUAAGAAGAGCCUGGCGGAUGAAGCUGAAGUUCACCUAAAGUUCUCUUCAAAGCUCCAGAGCGAAGUGGAGAAACCUUUUCUGACUUUCAGAGAGAACUUCAAGAAGGACAUGAAAAGGUUCGACCACCAUAUUGCCGACCUGCGGAAACAGCUCAUCAGUCGCUAUGCUGCUGUGGAGAAGGCUCGUAAAGCUCUGGCUGACAGACAGAAAGAGCUGGAUUUGAAGUCUCAGCAGCUGGAGAUGAAACUCAACAGCAAGAUUGAAGAGGACAUCAAAAAGGCUCGCAGGAAAUCCACGCAAGCAGGAGACGAUCUCAAGCGCUGCGUUGACCUUUAUAAUCAGUCGCAGUCCAAAUGGUUUGAGGAGAUUGUCACCACCAGUUUGGAGCUGGAGAGGCUGGAGAUGGAGCGGGUGGAGAUGAUCAGGCAGCACCUCUGUCAGUACACAACCCUUCGGCACGAGACGGACAUGUUUAACCAAAGUACUAUGGAGCCGGUGGACCAGCUGCUGCAGUGUGUGGACCCGACCAAAGACAGAGAGCUGUGGGUACGGGAGAAUAAGACUGGCGAGAUCAGGCCCGUAAAUGUCGAAAUCUGACCAAUCUGAGCUCUCACCUGGACACCGUGACCCAGGUGGGCCCGAGUCCAAGGACAUGACUGAGAGAUGAGGUCUGUGUUGGGAUAAUUUCUCCUCCACACACCGAUCCCCACGAGUCCUAGCAGACUGACGAAGAGCUCACUGGUUGUGGACGUCCUGACAACCACCUGACGAGGAUCACGUCAGUAUUUGGGGGAGAUUUUGUGAGAACUCUGAGGGAUGAAGAUGACGGGUGUAGUCUUGUAUUUAUAAAAUGAUGCUCAGCACACAAAGGUGGGAACUGUGAGUGUGAAUUCUUUUCUAAAGGAUACUCGGGUGAGGCGAAUGAUGAAGUAGUAGCAAAGGUGACUAUUAAACGUGUCUAAAUGUUGAAUAGCUUUACGUCAUGCAGCAGUGUAAUGCAAUGUAAUACAUAGAAACUGCAAUGAUUUAACAGAUGCUGCUAAGCUAAAUCCAGUUACACCAAUGAGUGUUGCUAUGUUACUGUGUAGCAGAAUAAGGAUAAAGCACCAUAAUACUACUGUCUGUCUACAAGUGUUGACUGUUUGCUAAGCCCCACACCCUUUAGCUACUGAUGCAACAGUUUUCUUUCAAAGCAGAAGACACGAAAAACAAAAAAUAAGAAAAACAUCCACAUGUAUGUGUGUUUAUGAGUCAUCUGCUCCUAUAAAUUACAGAUAAAUUACAAUCACGCGAUUUGUGCAGGCUCACGUACUUCUGGUGGACAAAGUGGUGUCAAACAAACAAAAAUGGCUAAUGUGCAGGAAUGUGGAGACAUUAUUUUCACUGUGAGUUCAUGCAAAUUAAAAACAUUAAGCUAUUUGAUGGCACAGAUACUCACAGGUCAUCCAAAGAUUUAAGUUUGUAGUUGGAGAAAUAUCCAUCAGUUUAGUUCUCGAUAUGUUGAACUGCUUGGUGCUUCAGAUGAGCUUCUACGAGACCAAGCAGAUAAAAACAUGGACAAGCUUGAAAAUCUAGAAAUGAAUGGGUGAAAGUAAGUGGGACUAUGACCAUAAGAUCAUGACGAAUCCUGCAUAUUUCUGCUCCUCUAAGCACAUGAGUUGGGUUUUUUGAGUGCUACAGGACCAACUGCUUCACUGUGUCAUAGACUCUUCGUAGUGGCCGAGUCCAUGUUGUCAUCAUCGGAAAGAUUGCUGGGAAAUCCUGGAAAGCUAAAACCUUUAGCGCAACAUCCUUGCUGAGAAACACAAUAAUAGUAAUAAGUUUAACUUUAUUAUUCCUGAUGGGAAAAUUCUGCCCUGCAUUUUACCCAUCUCUAGUAGAUUUCAUUAGAGUGUGCUGCCACGUUUCAGUGGAGCAGUUGGGGGGUUAAAGGCCUUGCUCAGGAGUCCAUAGUUGUUUACCUCUGUUUGCUCUCAAGGGACUCAAACCCCGGUCCUCCACACCCUCACUCACCUCUGUAACCACUAGGCUACCACUACCACAGUUCUUGAAAAUGAAAUGAAACAGCAAUUUUCAAGAAAGCGACAAUGGUUUUUAUCACCCCAUCAGCUUCAAAGCCCCACUGCUGAACUGUGCCUCUCAGACGAAAUGCUCCAUACCCAUCUUUAGCGUAGAACAUAAAUGGGCCUUAGUUCACCAACUGUCUGGCAUCCUUCCUCUUCUCUGAGCUCCAUCCUUGGCUCAUUUCACUUUUUAUGGCUUCAUGUGGAACCCUGAAGUAACCGUAACCACGUUUACAAUUUGAACCAGUGGAACAACAGAAACAACACAAACAUGAGGCAUUUUCCACAUCCAAAACACAUUUUGUGCCACACACGCACACAUUCUGGUCUAAAAUGAGCUAGCUUUGACCAACACUUAAUGUUACCCACAACUAAUGAUGUGGAUUUGACGUCAUAUAAGCAAAAAGCCCAUUUUACUUCUUCAGGAUUCACUUCUAGUAAGCUGAACUAUUUCAACUUCUGCAGUGUCAAAGGCGGCAGUGUGUGCCAGAAAGUUGGAUCAAUGAAAGAGAACAUGCUAACAAAGCAUUAGCUCGACAGUCAAACUGAUAUUUCAACAGAACAUCUGAAAACUUUAUCAUUUUAUUUAGCGAACAUGAAAUGCCUUUUUUUCCAUUAUUAGGGUGGCUCUGCCAUGGCUAUAUAAAUACAUAGUUAGCCUCAUAGCAUAACUGCCUGAGUCGUAUUUAGGCGAAAUUGUGAUAUCUGUCUAACUGUACUCUCCUAAUACAGCUGAAUUACUGCGCAUCAUUACAUAUAAAACCUUAAAACAUUACUUUUAUAGCAAUUAUGCUAUGAGGCUAAUAGCACAUUUCACAAAACUGGCAAAACAGUGAGUAUUAGCAUUCCUUUUGCUGCUAAUCUUUCUAAAAAUAAUUUCCCUUCAGCAAACACUGGCGUGAAUUAGCCUAAAUAUCCGAUGGAAAUAUGGACCAAACAGUCACAAUAAGUGGAAAUUCAGUUAUACAGUUUUUCUCUAUUGCUUAAACACAUUUCACGAUACUGCCCUCACUUUUCACAAAACUCUAAACACAAAACACUUUUCUAAAGCUACGUACACUAAACCUCACAGUUUCUUUUCAAAACCAACCCAUCACACCAAAACAGUUGCUCAUAUGCUCAAAAGCAAACCCAUCACACCAAAACAGUUGCUCAUAUGCUCAAAAACAAACUC